UCCCCUGGUGUUUGAGGCGUGUUUCUGUCAACUAGUCGCUUGACUAUCUUGGACCCUCGCCUUCAAUCGCCAUGUGGUACCGGCCUUUGGUGGCUGUGGCGGCAGCGGCGCCUUUUGCGCCCGUGCUGAGCAAGAGGGAGCUGAAGUGCGAUGGAUUCUGGUCCAAGAAGAGCUCUGGCGCAGGCUGCCCCACCGCCAAGCCCGUGAAGCCGGUCUCGCCCGUGCCCUCGGACAUCGACGUGGCGCAGUCAGUGACGCCGGUGCUGGUGAAGGAGGUCUUCGCAGGGGCCUUUGGCCUCAAGGAUCAGGACAUCUUGUCUUACGGCCCGUACAAAGGCAAGAUCAACCUCGACCUCUGGGAGAAGUUGAAGGGCAAGCCCAACGGUCACUACGUGGUGGUCUGCGGCAUCAACCCCACGCCCUUGGGUGAGGGGAAGUCCACCACCACGGUGGGGGUGUCUCAGGCGCUGGGCGCCUUCUUGGGGCAAAAGGUGCUCACAAACAUCCGCCAGCCCUCCAUGGGCCCGACCUUUGGCAUCAAGGGUGGUGCGGCUGGGGGCGGCUACGCCCAGUGCUUCCCCAUGGAGGACUUCAACUUGCACAUGACCGGGGACAUUCACGCCAUCACUGCUGCUCACAACCUCUUCGCUGCGGCGAUCGACACGCGGUACUAUCACGAGAAUAGCUCAUCGGCGAAGUUCAUUUGGAGCCGUUUGUGCCCCGCCGACAAGUCGGGGAAGCGGCAGUUUGAGCCCUCCAUGUACGCACGGCUCGAGAAGCUAGGGCUCAGCCACAAGAAGCACGAUCCCAAUUUGCUGACCGAGGAGGAGAUCGAGAAGUUUUGCGUCCUGGACAUCGACCCCAACACCAUCACUUGGAAGCGAGUCACGGACUGUAACGACAAGUACCUGCGGAAGGUGGAGGUGGGUCUCAGCGGCUCGGAGUUCUCGAAGAAGAAGAACGAGCAGCUCAAGCGCACCACCUCCUAUGGCAUCACUGUGAGCUCGGAGAUCAUGGCGAUCCUGGCGCUGGCCACCGAUUUGAAGGACCUCCGCGCCAGACUGGGGAAGAUGAUCUGCUGCUAUUCCCGGAAGGGUGAGCCUAUCACAGCGGACGACUUUGGCAUCACAGGCGCGCUGGCGGUGCUGAUGAUGGAGGCGCUGCCACCGAACACCAUGCAGACGUUGGAGGGCACCCCUGCGCUGGUGCACGCAGGCCCUUUCGCAAACAUUGCGCACGGCAACUCUUCCAUCAUCUCGGAUUUGAUUGGCCUCAAGCUGGUGGGCAAGGAUGGAUAUGUGCUGACAGAGGCCGGCUUUGGAUCUGACAUGGGCGGAGAGAAGUUUUUCAACAUCAAGUGCUACUACAGUGGCCUGAAGCCCGACUGCGCGGUGAUCGUUUGCUCCGUGCGCGCGCUAAAGCUCCACAGCUGCGAGGCGCCAAAGAUUGUUGCCGGACAAGCACCCGCCAAAGAGUACAGAGAGGAGAAUCUCGAUCUGGUGGAGAAAGGCUGCGCAAACUUGAUCGCCCACAUCCAGAACGUGCGAAAGCACGGGGUUCAGGCCGUGGUGGCUAUCAAUCGCUUCAGCACCGACUCAGAGGCGGAGCUGGCGCUGGUGAAGAAGAUCGCGGAAGAGAACGGCGCCUUUGCCGCCGUCGUGGCGGAGCACCACGCCAAGGGGGGCGCGGGCGCCGUGGAUCUGGGCCGCGCGGUGAUGAAGGCCUGCGAGGCGCCCUCGAACUUCAAGUUCCUCUACGAUGCCAAGAAGGACGCCAUCAAGACGAAAAUCCUGAAGGUCGUGCAGGAGGUCUAUGGGGGAGCGGAUGUCAAGUACUCGGAGAAGGCGGAAGCCGCGCUGGCACGGUAUGAAGCUGAUCCCGCCAUCAGCUGCUUACCGAUUUGCAUGUCCAAGACCCAGUACUCGCUCUCCGACGAUCCCAAGAAGUUAGGGGCUCCGAAGGGCUUCACCAUCACCGUGCAAGACAUGUACGUGAGUGCUGGAGCUGGAUUCAUCGUCGUCUCUUUGGGCGACAUUACCUUCAUGCCGGGCCUGCCGAUCAAGCCUGCCUAUUACAAGAUCGACUUGGAUUUUAAUCACACUCCACCACGGGUGGUGGGGCUCUCCUAAUUUGCGAGCCGACAAAUUUAAACGGCUCGGGCUUAUAUGUGUAAAGCUUCCCGUAAAGCUCGCGGAGCGCGGUCGGCGUUGCAUUCCUUUUUUGCAA